AUGAUCAGAAAGGCAGACAGAACCUUAGAAGCUGCUGAACAUCAUCCCAAAGCCUUCUUACUUCCUGACGAAACCAUGAAGAUCUUUGGAACUGUUCUGCCCAUGGUCUUCCUCACUGCUUACUGCAUCUGUCAGGUCUAUGCCAUACCAGAUGGCGUCUAUACGCCAGACAAUUGUUGCUUCGAAUUUACCAACAAGAAGAUCCCCUUGAAACUCCUGGUCAGCUAUAAGAACACCAGCAGCAUGUGCCGCAAGGAAGCAGUGAUCUUUGUGACCAAACGUGGCCUCAACAUUUGUGCUAACCCAAAGGAUCGGUGGGUCCAGGAUCUUAUGAAGAACCUAGACAAUAUGAAAGCCAAGACCAUGAAGGUCAUGAAGAUCUUAACCACUACCUCUUAUCCCAAUGUGACCUCGCACCCAAGCAGGAGGGAAGAAUAAUUUAUUUCCCUUUAGUUUUCCAUUGAGACAUUUAUUACAAUUUAAAUGUUUACUCUUAUUUAAUAUGCCAUAAAUAUUUGUACCUUUAUUUUUAUUUAUUUUUCUUUGUAACAAACUUUUGGGCAAGUCAUUUAACCUCAGUGGGCCUUAGGCGACUCAUUU